GGGGGGUUCUUAGAGUAGUCCACGCACUACCCCCCACCCCCACAACCCCCCAAUCACACACACACACGCGCAGUGUUAAUGGUGGGGCUCGUGCAGACGGUUAUCCGUGAGCGCGAGACAGAUAAGCUGCAGUAUCCGCGCGGCGGUGGGAUUAACGGCCCGGAUGUCAGACGGGUUCACGGCAGCGAGUGAAGCAUGAGCGCGCGGGUUCUCCGGGGAAAGACGCCGCAGCUCCCGAUACAGAGAGCGGGACGGACAAAGCACCAUCAUCAUCACUCCAGCUGGGAUGAGAGCAGCUCUAUAAGUAGUGGCUUGAGUGAUGGCUCAGAUAACCUCAGCUCAGAGGAGUUCAGUGCCAGCACUGCCCUCAACUCCAUGCCAACUGUUCCCAUUGGCUCCUGCCGCAACUCUGGCAUUGUGUUGCGGACAGAUGCAGAGAAGCGUUCGCUCAUGGAGAGCGGUCUCUCCUGGAACAGCAAAGACACCAAGCACAGGAAUGAGGGAGGAUAUAACCCAGCCAGCCUAAAGACUGAAUCACCAAACCAGUGGAAGAAGGGUCAGGUGCCGGAUGACACAGGGGUCAGAGGUGAACUCAGGAAGCCACAGACACUCAACCAUCAGUACGGUCUGAAGAAAUGUCGCAACCCCCCCGUGGGCAUAACCUCACCCAUCACCCACAACCCACAGAGCUUGUUGAAAGCACCAGACUCAAAAGAUGGCCAACCCAUGGUGGACAAAGCGAGGAUGACAGUAAAAGCAUCUGCUCUUCAGCGAUCGUGUUCAGAUGCAGAGAAGGAGCGAAGUCAGUACUGCAAGCCGGUUUCUGGCCUGGUCAGACCAUCUGCUGGAACCAGCAACUCUUUUGGGUUCAAAAAGCCUGCCACAGUUACUGAUACCACCAUGGUCCUUACCCCUAAUGGCAGCUUACCUGUAGCCUCUACAACCGUAUCCAAAACACCCAAGUCUUCUGCCAUUCCAGUAAAACCCUCAUGUGGUGGCAUCAGCAGCAGUGGUAAAGCUAGCCUUGAUGUGCUGAGCUCUGAUCAGGGCUUCUCUGCUCCCAACACUCGCAAUAACAUCCAGUAUCGUAGUCUCCCGAGACCUGCCAAGUCCAGUACCUUAAGUCUGACUAAAAGUAAACCAGGGCCUUGUCCAGAUAGCAGCGUAGAUGGUGAUCCGCUCAGCCUCAAAACAGCGGUUCCACAGUCCAAGCUGAAGAGACCGAGUAGCGCGAAAAGCUCCAGAAGGACUGGUAUAAGAGAACGUGGACCAGUCAAUCAGACGGACAGGGAGAAGGAGAAGGCCAAGGCUAAGACAGUGGUGUCUGACUCAGAAUGUGGAGGAAGUGACUCGCUGAAGAAUGGACCUCCCACAUCCACAGUGAGCAAAGCUGAGCCUCCCUCCAAACUACUGGGACUCCGCCAGGCAUCCAUGAUGGGAAAAUACUCUGAUCUGCGCUUGCCAAACUCUCCCAGUGCCAAAACACUGUGCAAACCCACGCAACUGGAUAAAGUGGACUCCAUCAGCCUGGACUGCAGUGAAUUUAAUGUGGAAGACCAUCUCCCUCCUAAAGUGCCACCGUCCAAACUUCAGGAUUUAUCUAAGCCUCUGAGCAGCACAGCUGCUCCUGGAUUAAUGCCCAGCCCUUCAUCUAUCUUCAGCGUUAACUACUCAAACAGUCUCUCUGGCUCGACCGCAGAGAGAGAGGGCCAGGCUGGCACCUCGCCCCUGUUCUACCCACGGCUCUCUGGGCUGCACCGCAGCAUGGAGUCUCUGCCUCUGCAGAUGAGUGUGUGUUCAGCAGGGGGCACUGUGUCUGAGAUCCGGCCUAAGCAGGAGGAAGGAAGCUUAGGAAACAGCUGGUCUCCGGGCAGUAGAGCCUCACUGACCCUCACACCGGACAGCCACCCUGGAUCUCCUCAGAGUGAAGACAGCAGUAAAGAGAGGCGUCACUCUCACGCUAUCCUGAGCCUGAGCGCAUUAGACAGCCCUCCUCCACUACCAUCUCCCACACUAACCUGCAAUAUCCCACUGACCAGUAUCGCUGCUCACAGUCCAGGUAUGGGUAUUCCUCGAAUGACUCGGUCCAACAGCAUCCCCACUCCUGAGACUGGUUUUGAUAUGUACCGGGCCUCACCUCUGGGCAGCACUCUCUCAUUGGCUGAACGUCCCAAAAACAUGAUGCGCUCCGGAUCUUUCCGGGACAGAGAUGCUGGUGAUGAUGUUCACGGCUCAGUGCUCUCACUGGUAUCCAGUGCUUCUUCCAGUUAUUCCUCAGCUGAAGAAAAGAUGCAGGGGGAGCAAAUCCGUAAGCUAAGAAGAGAGCUGGAGUCAUCCCAAGAGAAAGUAGCCAGCCUGACCACUCAACUCACUGCUAAUGCAACCUUGGUGGCAGCGUUUGAACAGAGUCUCACCCUCAUGACAAACCGCCUGCAGUCCCUCUCAGCCAGUGCUGAACAGAAGGACUCUGAGCUACUGGAACUCAGAGAGACCAUCGAAAGUUUAAAGGUCAGGAACACUGAGGCCCAGGCUGUCAUUCAGGGAGCCCUCAAUAAUCCUGAUGUUGUUCCCAAAGAGCUGAGAAUCAAGAGGCAGAACUCCUCAGAAAGCAUCAGCAGCCUGAACAGCAUAACCAGCCACUCCAGUGUGGGCAGUCUGAAAGAGGAAGCAAAAAAGAAGAAAAAGAAGAACUGGCUACGGAACUCCUUUGGCAAGGCUUUCAGCAUUAAGAAAGGCGCAAAGUCCGGCUCCAUUUAUACUGAUAUUGAAGAGAUCACCACACCGGAUUCCUCCGUCCCCAACUCUCCCAGAGUAACUCAUGAAGGAGAGGAGAGUGGGCCGGUUUCCCUUCCUUUAACCCAGACACAUUCUUCCUCUGUCAUCUAUGAAGGGAAUGAGGAGCAGGAGGGUGAGGAGAAAGUGGUGUCUGAUCUUCGUUCUGAGCUCUGGGAGAAAGAGAUGAAGCUAACAGAUAUCCGACUAGAAGCUCUAAACUCCGCCCACCAACUGGAACAGCUAAGAGAGGCCAUGAACAGCAUGCAGGUCACAGUGGAAAACCUCAAGGCGGAGAAUGACCAGCUGAAAACAGGAAGUGCACCAUCUUCAUUGGUGUUCUCUUGUAUACCCCCCUCCUCCACCACUCAGCCAUCAGUACAGACUGCAGCGAUUGGACAUUUUAAAUCUACAACAAACCUCACGAGGUCUUUCAGUUUUUGCCCUGAUGAGGUUUUUGUGUCAAACACUGAAACCACUGACGUUCUGAGCUUAUCACCUCCAAGAGGCGAGACUCGGUUGCGUGUGGUUGUCCGUGUGGCUGACCAACAGCUAUUGAGACAGCAAGGGAAACCAGAUUUUUAUAUCGGAUCAGUAAGGAUUGAUUCAAGAACUGAUUGGGCUGCAGUGGAUACAGUCAUCACAACAACUUUCCAGAACUAUAUCUUCCAGCUGGACCCCAGCACUGGUAUGGGUCUAUCUAUGGACUCCAUCCACAGCUACAGUGUAAACCAAGUCAAACGGGUCCUUGGAGCUGAGAGUCCAGACAGUCCUCCCUUUCACUGCUUAAAUAAAGGACAUGGACUCAUCACUGUGACCCUUAAAGGUUUUAAGGAUAAAUUUGUGGACAGUAUCGUUUUUGAGACUCUCGUUCCUAAGCCGAUGAUGCAGCACUACAUCAGUCUGCUGAUGAAGCACAGGCGGGUGGUCCUUUCGGGUCCCAGCGGUACCGGCAAAACUUACCUCGCUUCUCGUCUGGCUGAAUACCUGUUGGAGUGGACCGGCCAUGAGGCAGGACCUGACCGCAUUGUUACCUUCAACAUGCACCAGCAGACCUGCAGGGAACUCCAGCUGUACCUGUCAACUCUAGCCAAUCAGCUCGAUCGAGAUAGUGAUGCAGAAGACACCCCGCUUGUCAUUGUUCUAGAUGAUGUCAGUGAUGCAGCGUCCAUUAGUGAGCUGGUCAACAGUGCACUGACCUGCAAAUAUCAUAAAUGCCCAUACAUCAUUGGAACAACCAAUCAGUGUGUGAAGAUGUCAUCAAAUCAUGGUCUGCACCUCAGUUUCAGGAUGAUCAUCAUCUCCAACAAUGUAGAGCCGGCCAAUGGCUUCCUGCUGCGUUACCUAAACAGAAAGCUGAUUGAGGUAGAGGAUGAGAGCACAUUGUCCCAGGCGGAGCUGCAGAAGGUGCUGGACUGGCUCCCCAAGCUCUGGUACCAUCUGCACACGUUUUUGGAGACGCACAGCACCUCCGACUUCCUCAUCGGUCCAUGUUUUUUCCUCUCGUGUCCAGUAACAGUAGCAGAGUUUCGUUCCUGGUUCAUCGAUUUGUGGAAUCAGUCAAUAAUACCCUACCUGCAGGAGGGAGCAAAGGAUGGGAUGAAGGUCCAUGGUCAGAAGGCAGUGUGGGAGGAUCCUGUGGAAUGGGUACGGAGUACUCUGCCCUGGCCCUCAGCGCAGCAAGACCAAGCUAAACUCUUCCACCUCCCUCCACCCACCGCCGCUCCCAACACGGCCUCACAGCAGCCAAACUGUGACAGAAACAGCAAGGACACACAAUCAGUGGCCAUGAAUUCAGACCCACUGAUGGCCAUGCUGCUGAAACUGCAGGAAUCUGCCAACUACAUCGAGUCACCGGAAAUGGACAUCUUAGAGGAUCCCAAUUUCCAGCAACACUAUGAACUCUAAAAAAAAAAAAAAAAAAAUUAAGCGCUCACGGGCUAUUACUGUUCUAAAACUCUUUAUUGUGGAGUUGACCUUUCCCCUGUAAAUGUGGGGUCUACAGAAACAUGUAAAGGUUAUGCAGAAUCAGAUAUAAGAAUGUUCCAUUCUUAUGGAUAAUUACUUACUAAAAAAAUCUGACAUAUAGAAGUGACUAAUGUAUUUGUCAUCUCAUAUAUUGCAUCAUCUAAUCUGCAAGUGCAUGGCAAUCAGUCCUUUAAAAAUCUAAAGUGGGACACGUGUUGCUUUAUGUCGGUUCAGUGAACUGAAAAAUACAAUACUGACAAUAUCUAAUGUGGACUGAAGUAUUUUCUUUGUCUUUGAUUUUUCCACUAUUUAAGUAGGCAAUGUUGUUGAUAAUUAUGUUUAUGACACUAGAAGUUAGAUUCCUGAACAGCAAUUACAGCAGGCCAAUUAAAAUUGAGAUUCUCUAUUGUGAGGAAUAUGGAGCCUAACUUUUUGGCUCAGUCCUUGUCCAGAAAGCUUGCCUUAUGAAGGUGCAGCACAAAAAAUGAUAAUAAAAAUAUUAUAAUGUGCUAUAAAUUAGCUUCCACAAAAUUAGUAUUGUUGAUUUGUUACCUCACAGUUUGUAGACAUGUGUUUGUUUAACUUUUCUCCUGUAAUCAAAGUUAUUAUUGAGUAGGACUGUACGAUAAAUGCAUUGCCCGUGUGCAGCAAAAGAGGGCACUCUUUGCAUUGAAAAUGGUGCUCAAGUAACAUAACAAAGGCUGGAGGCAGAGUGAGGUAGAGUAACUACAAACUACUUAUUACCCUACGAAAUAUUGGUGCAGCCAAGCCAAGAGCUAAAACUAAUGCAGAAUCUUAAUCUAUAGUUUUUCCAACAGAGUUAUCACACAUUGGAUUUUUUGUCUGUAUUGUGCACCCCUGUUCUGGAGUUUGUCCUUCAUAAUGGGAAAAAUCUCCAGGUUAUCCCAACAGUUCAUCGUGGCAUUUGAUGCUCUAUCACUUUAGUGGCGGCUCAUGUCCAGCUUCUCUAAAAAAACCCAUUCUAUUCCCAGCACUUUUAAAUGGAGACUAUACAAACUUAGUGUAUAGAUUGUUGUUGCUUGAUGGUUAUACUGCAAAUAUAUGGGCACAUACUGUACAUCAACAUGGUUCAACACGCUAGUCUUAUCCUGUUUUUUUUUUUUUUUCUUAGUCUUGGAGAAAGCGAGAUAAUUAGCCACAAAAGUGUGAGAUCAAAAUGAUUUAAAUUAGAAAAUGCACUUUAAUGUACAGUUGUGUUUGGAUGUCUUAACUUCCUGUUAGUAAUCAAGACUACAGCUGGUAAAUUCUUUGUGCCAAUAUAAAAAAUGAAAGAUGGUUGUAGAUGGAGCAUUUAAAACAACAGAUUCCAUGAUUAAAAGUUCAAACAAUUGUAAGUUAUUGGGAGGUGUAGCCCCUUUGCUAAGAUCUAGCCAAUCUGACCCAUUCACCCCACCCCUUCUCAACUGGGAGAAAAUUAGAACUGAACUAGAGCUAAAUGAUUCUGUAGAAAAAAUCUAAUAUGAAUAAUAUUCAAAUAUUGAGUGAUUUUUGGUUACAAUUUAGAUUUUUUUGUUAGUAUGUAUUUUUUGGACUAUAAAGCUAACCAGGGGGCUAGUAAUCAUUUUUAACUGGGGCUGGCUAGCACAGCUAACCGGGGCUGGCUAUACUGCUAACCAGGGCUGGCUACAUCCCUGUAAAAACAUCCAGUGCUCGCUUGACUUUAAAAUAUAUAUUUUUUUAAGAAUUACAGUUUUGUUUACUUCAGGUGCUUUCCUAUUAGAAGGGAAACAUGGUUGAUGUAGGCAUCUUUUAUGUUGCUUAAUGCCCCUAAUAAUCCGGUGCACCUUAUAGUCCGAGAAAUAAGGUAGUUAAGAUGAGUGUUGUACACUUAUACUACCCUAAAAAAGAACAGUUCAAAGAAAUCAUCAAAAGCCCAGUGCUGCUGUUACAUUUAUAAACUGCCGGCCCGAAAAAAUAGUCGUCACACACUCUUAAUAUUUAUGUAGACCGUCUUUACAUAGUCUGGACACACACACACACAUACGCACACACACAUAAACGUCAUUGUAUGUUUGAGUCUUAGACAUCUGAGAAAAUGUUAUGCAGUGGCAUCGAAAUGUUUGCGGACCUGUGGAUGCUAAAAUGUUUGGUUAUUGUAAAUAGUACAUAUUUUUUCAUCACUUUAAGGCAGAUGAGUGAAUUGUUUUUUUCUUUAGAUUUUUAGAUAUUAAAAAUGUCAUUAAAAAAAGUCAAUCUAGAUAUUUAGAAUAUGUUUGUUCAAAACAUUAGAGUAAAUACAGAUACAGAACCAAAGUUCUGCUUAAGGAGGCCCUGCUAGACAAUCUAUUAAUUCCUGUAAUCAGUCCUUCAUUAAAUUUAAUUAGAUGUGCUGUUACUGGAAUUAAAUCAAUCAAUAAGGUGAUUUUAGGGCACAAAAAAUAGGAAACUAUUCCUGUAAAGUAUCAAUAACUUUAAGUAAAACUAGAAAAUAUUUAUUUCUACUGUAUUUCUGUGUAUUAGUUCUAAUGUUAUCUAGUAUUGAUUUUUAACAAAAAAAAAUAAGUAUUUCACAGCUGCCUAAGACUAAUGCGUAGAGAGUGUGUAAAUGUGUGUAGUUUUCACCCAUAACCCCUUUUUUUUGUUUUACAUAUUAAAUAAAUAAUAAUUUUAACAAAAAUAUGUUAGGCCACAGUAAAUACUGUGGGAUGGUUCUUAACAACUUAACAUAAAGUUAAACUUAAAAACUUAACUUAAAAAAGUAUCUAAAGCCUAACAAAGAAUUCUCUGUCUGCUUUGUGAUGUUUAAAAUGUUUGUUGAAUUCACAAUUCUUUUUGGGCCUUUCCACAACUUUAACUUCUUUCUUUUAAGCCAGUGGUUCUAGAACAUUUUAAACCACAUACCACCUAUAAACAAACAAAAAUUCCAAGUAAUGUGUACUGGUGCUAUGGUGAGUCUUGCCCUUGAUUAUUGUUUCUGGUCAUUGCAGUACGCCUACUGAGAAAAAUAUUAAUUCUAGUAUAGAAACUGUGGUGUCCCACAGGGUUCCACUUUAGGGCCCAUAAAACAGAUGUUGUUCAUUUUAGAACUAGUCCUUAGAAAGAAGAACUGAAAUGUGGGCUUACUUAGAGAGUGUAGAAGGUUAAGCACUAAACAUUAAUUUAUACUGUAUUUCUGUAUAUUAGUUCUAAUGUUAUCUUUUAUUGAUUUUUACAGGAAAUGUAAGUAUUUCACAGCUGCCUAAGACUAUUGCUUAGAGAAUGUGUGUAGAAUUAUGCAAAAGUUUUCAACCAUAAAACCUUUUUUUGUUUACGAUAUUAUUUUAUAAUUUAUAAUUUUAACACAAAUAAGUUAGGGCACAGUAAAUUGAAUGGUUCUUAAAAACCUAACUUAAAAACGUAUCUAAAGUCUAUAAAAUAAUAAUUCUUUGUCUGCUGUGUGAUGUUUGAAAGUUUUAUUAAAUUCACAAUCCUUUUUGAGCUUUUCCACAACCUUAAAUUCUUUAUUUUAAGCCAGGGGUUUCUUAAAUACUUCAAACCACAUACCACCAAUAAACAAACAAAAAAAUCCAAAUACAAUGUACUGGUGCUACUGCCCUUAAUGGUGCCCUUAAUUGUUGUUUCUGGUCAUUGCAGUACGGCCACUGAGGAAAAUUAUGAGUGUCAGAUCUGUUGAACUACUGAGCUAUUAACCCUAAUACAGAAACUGUGGUGUCCCACAGGGUUCCACUUUAGGGCCUCUAAAACUGAUGUUAUUCAUUUUAGAACUGUAGGCCUGAGAAUGAAGAACUAAAGUGUGGGCUUACUUAGAGAGCCUUAAUCUCAACGUAUUAAAAUUGUAAGUGAAAACUAAAUUAUUAGUAAUAACAAAAUUAUUACCAUGUUUGUGCAUGCAGAAAAUUAUCUUGCUUAAUUUGGUAAACCACCUUGAAAUGCAGUUUAGGAACCACAAGAAUGCAGCUUGGUCCAUGUCAGCUUUAGAAAUCAAAAAGUGUUAAAAUCUAAAAGUGAAAACUUUAAAAUGAGUUGGAUUCUGUGUUCCUGUUUAUAGUUGGCCACUUUAUCCAUCUUUUGUGAAGUAACUUUGCUAUGCUAAAUUUCAUCAGAUAAAAUGACAUUUAGAGCAGGAAUGUAUUUAAAGCAUUAAUCAACGACUAAAGCAGAAACAAUGAGACCAAAAACUAAGCAGCAGUGCAUAAAUCAACUGUAUUAGUUUGAUGACACAACCAAUAUUCUUGGAUAAUAAUUCUUAGAUGUACUGUAUAAUUCAUUGUAGUCACACUAAACUGUAGCCCUCAAUGAAAAAAAAAAUAAGUUUACAUUUUUAUAAAGCAUGUUAGGUGCCAACUUGUAAAUAGAAUUUUUACAAAACAACAAAAGAGAAACAUCCAUAAGUCCUCUAAUAUAAUUUAAUAUUUAAUAUUAUAUAUUAAAAUCGACACAGAACAGCCAUUAACUGAAAUUGGGACAUUUUUCAAAAAUAUGUGCUUGGUUUAUGUUUUUUUUU